GUUGUAGAGGAGCACAAGUUGAAGAAAUAUGGAGUUUGGAACCAGAGAACUUUGAAAAAUUGAAGCCAGUACAUGGACUCAUUUUCCUCUUCAAGUGGCAGCCUGGAGAGGAACCAGCAGGUUCUGUUGUUCAGGAUUCCAGACUGGAUACAAUUUUUUUUGCGAAACAGGUAAUUAAUAAUGCGUGUGCUACUCAAGCCAUAGUAAGUGUGCUCUUAAAUUGUGCUCAUCAAGAUAUCCAUCUAGGAGAGACUUUGUCAGAAUUUAAAGAAUUUUCACAGAGUUUUGAUGCUGCGAUGAAAGGUUUGGCACUAAGCAACUCAGAAGUGAUUCGGCAAGUUCACAACAGUUUUGCCAGACAACAGAUGUUUGAAUUUGAUGCAAAGUCUGCAGCAAAAGAAGAUGAUGCAUUUCACUUUGUAAGCUAUGUUCCUGUUAAUGGGCGGCUGUAUGAACUAGAUGGCUUAAGGGAAGGACCAAUUGAUUUAGGUGCAUGCAAUCAAGACGACUGGAUAAGCGCUGUACGGCCUGUUAUAGAGAAACGUAUACAAAAAUACAGUGAAGGUGAAAUAAGGUUUAACUUGAUGGCUAUUGUAUCUGACAGAAAGAUGAUAUAUGAGCAGAGGAUUGCAGAAUUACAGCAGCAGCUUGCAGAGGAGGAGCCUAUGGAUACAGAUCAAAGUAGUAAUAUGUUAAGUUCUAUACAAUCAGAAGUUGCAAAAUACCAGAUGUUAAUUGAAGAGGAGAACCAAAAAUUAAAAAGAUAUAAGAUUGAAAAUAUUAGAAGGAAACAUAACUACCUGCCUUUCAUUAUGGAAUUAUUAAAGACUCUAGCAGAGCACCAGCAGUUAAUACCAUUAGUAGAAAAAGCAAAAGAAAAACAGAAUGCCAAGAAAGUUCAGGAGGCCAAGUGAGGACUUUGCAAAAUACAUACAAUUAUGUGUUUCUGAAACUAUUUUCAUGACAACAAAUAAAACUUUUCAUAAACUU